CAUGCGAGGGAGGUUGACCGGUCCGAGCGCAGAUCGAUGCGACGCCGUUCGCGGUCUCGAUCGGGCGAUAGGAGUUCCACUCGGAAACAUGAGAAGAAAGAGAAGAAGCGAGAAAAGAAGCAUCAUAAGCACAGCAAGAAGACUAAGGAAGCCGACGAGUCGCUCGAGAUGGAGGCUCUUAGGAUGUUGGCCAAACAGAAUGCUGAUGACAUGCUUUUGCCUAUGGAUUUUGGAAGUGUCGGCUACGGUGGUGAGCGGGAUCCGCGAGAUAAGGCCUUCUCGACGGCAUUUGGGAUGUCGGGCAUGAACACCUCUACGACGGGCUUCGUGGCGGAGCGAGAGAAACCAGACACCAAGGUUCGUCCCCCAAGGCGUGGGGACAAGCCAGGACCGCAAGAUUGGGUGUGCCCAAAGUGCCAGACAAUCAAUUUCAAGCAAGCGACUGAUUGUUUCAAGUGUGGACGGCUGCGAGGCAGCGCCAACGCUGGCUUCUUUCAGACGCCCAAUGCUUGAGCUGU